AUGAAUCUGAAUUUCAAUCAGACGCAUCAUAUGGUAUUAGACUCGGAUGUCCCGUAUAGAAGACAUUCGUCGUUGGAAGCGAAAUAUGCCCAUUCUUCAAAAAAUGUCAUGUAUCAACUUGUUAGGGACAAAACCGCAGAGCUGAGAAGACUUGUGGAAGGAUUCGUGACAGAUGAGACUGUGAAUAGCACUGAACAUAAUGUUAUACAAACGGAGGUUUUACAAAUUUUGAAUAUUCUUCAUGCUAGUACGUAUGUCCCAACAACAGCGUUCCCGUCACCACUUUCUACUAGUUGGAACACCAACCAGACGACAGUCGCAAAUAAUAACACCAGUAAUACCAGAAACUCAGUGAGUCAAGUCGUUACUGACACUAGCAGCAAUUUGCCAACUUCAAACGAUAAUAGUAUGGAUUACACACCGAUGAGGUCUGUUGGAUCCUUUGUGAACUUCCAAUCGAAUUACAGCUAUCGGACACUACCGCAAAGCGUCAAUGACAGAGAGUCAAUCGAGGCGAAAAGAUGCGUUGCUGAAAAGCCCAAAAGCGAUCUCUCUGCCGCAAACAACGUCCGAGUUCUGAUACAGCUCCCGCCAGUGAAUACUUUGCUAAUGAAAGAAAAUGACAUCAAUAAUAGUCACCAACAUUACCCUUUGUCUCAGCCGGCGAACAUGUAUCAUCAAAACCAACAACAUUUCCCGAUCCAACAUCACGAUAGCGUAAGCCAAGAGUCAUCGCAAUUUCAGCCACUGCAAGAUCGCCAUUACCAUCAAACAGGAACCACCCCAGUACCGCCGAUGAUGGUGACUACAAACGAUGCUGCUGGGCCAGUAAUACCUUCUACGGCAAACGCUAGCCAGAUCCAAGAAGAGCAGGAUGGUAGUGUAGUGAAUGAUAAAGACGAUCACAGUUCAGGUUCCACAACGGAAAGAGAAACUACGCUCCGAAUUUCCAAAACCGAGCUGGAUGGCUCCAUAACAAACGCCAUGCCAAUCAACGAUUCGAGUCUCCCCCUCAAGAAAAACCAAUGUCAUAUCUGCGGCAGGAUUUGUUCUAGACCUUCCACGCUACAAACGCAUCUCUCCAUACAUACCGGUGAUAAACCUUAUAAAUGCCCCAAGCGCAAUUGCCACAAGCGUUUCAACGUCAAAAGCAAUAUGCUAAGGCAUUAUAAGAGACACGAAUUCAAAUCUGCUGCUGCUGCUACAGCUGCUGGCCAGCGUCAGCAUCAGACAGCACCAAGAACAAAUGAGGCAAACUUUGUCAAUGCCUGA